CCCGGAGCCGCCGAGCCUCAGCCGAGCGCCGCCGCGGCGCCGCCGUCAUGCCUCUGUUCGGCGCCAACCCUUUCGAGCAGGACGUGGCUUUCGUUUUGGGCUACUGCCAGCAGCGCUCAGAGAUCGUUCCUGAUGGUGCUUCGGGGGGACCAUAGGCAGCGAUGGUGAUUGCGCCUUGGCCGCCACGUGAAGAAAAAGCUACAAAUGAGUAUAACACGACAGAAAAUUGGAGUCUUAUUUUGGACAUAUGUGACAAAGUUGGAAGUACUCCUAAUGGAGCUAAAGAUUGCCUAAAAGCCAUAAUGAAAAGGGUAAAUCAUAAGGUUCCUCAUGUUGCUCUACAGGCAUUAACUCUUCUUGGGGCUUGUGUGGCAAACUGUGGAAAGAUAUUUCAUUUAGAAGUAUGUUCCCGAGAUUUUGCAACAGAAGUACGUGCUGUGAUAAAAAACAAGGCUCAUCCUAAAGUUUGUGAACAACUAAAAUCUUUAAUGGUGGAGUGGUCAGAAGAAUUUCAGAAAGAUCCACAGUUCAGCCUAAUAUCUGCAACUAUUAAAUCACUGAAAGAAGAAGGAAUUACUUUUCCUCCGGCAGGAUCUCAGACAGCCCCAGCUGCUGCCAAGAAUGGUGUGGCAUCAAACAGAAACAAAGAAGACGAAGACAUAGCUAAAGCUAUUGAAUUGUCACUGCAAGAACAGAAGCAACAGCAGCACACAGAAACAAAAUCUCUAUAUCCACCUUCAGAAAUUCAGUUAAAUAAUAAAGCUGUAAGAAAAGUGAGAGCUUUGUAUGAUUUCGAAGCUGUUGAAGAUAAUGAACUCACCUUUAAACACGGUGAAAUUAUUAUUGUUUUGGAUGACAGUGAUGCCAAUUGGUGGAAAGGAGAAAAUCACAGAGGAAUAGGACUCUUCCCAUCUAAUUUUGUAACAACUAAUUUAAACACAGAGUCUGAGGCAGCAGCUCUGGAUAAAUUGAAUGUAAUUGAUGAUGAUGUGGAAGAAAUGAAGAAAUCUGAGCCUGAGCCUGUUUACAUAGAUGAGGAUAAGAUGGAUAGAACCCUGCAGGUACUUCAAAGUAUAGAUCCAACAGAUUCGAAACCAGACUCGCAAGACCUCUUGGACUUAGAAGAUGUCUGCCAACAGAUGGGUCCAAUGAUAGAUGAGAAACUUGAAGAAAUUGAUAGGAAGCAUUCAGAAUUGUCUGAACUGAAUGUCAAAGUCUUGGAAGCUCUGGAGCUGUACAACAAAUUAGUGAAUGAGACACCAGUGUAUUCCGUCUACUCGAAGCUCCAGCACCCCGCACAGUACCCGUCGUCUCCAGCACCUGGAGUGCCGGUGCCGACGUAUCCAGUCCAGUCCCGUGGUGGUAGCUAUAUGGGUCAGGCCGUUCACCAGGUCUCUGCUGCCCAGAGCUAUGGCCUGGGCCCAGACCAGCCGGCUCCGCUGGCGUCUUUGCCUCCCACUGGGACUUCUUCAGUGGCAACACCACAGCCUGUCCAGCCUCCAUAUUUAAGCACUGGACAUGAUGCAGUUUCUAGCUCUCCAUAUAUGAACCAGAACUCGAACCUUCAGUCAGUUGCUGGCGGCGCAGCCUACGCCCCGCAGAUGGGCGUGCCCAUGGACCUGUCUUACCACAGCACUACUUCCGGCCUGCCGCAGCUGGCAGGCUUCCCCGUGGCAGUGCCAGCCCCCUCCAUGGCGCCGCAGCAGACAAGUUACCACCAGCAGCCUCUCCUCUAGACCCCAGGCCUGGCUGCUAGAGGGUCCCUGGGGAAAGCGCCACGACUCCUCCACCCUCGUGAUUCUGAUCGAAGAAUCCUGAGAGAAACCAUUUCCUCCUCAACGCUAAAGGACCGUAAAUAAAGCACAAAGCCUGAUCUCACUGUACUGGGCCAUCUUUUUUUUUCCUGUCUUUUUUCACUUCAGCAUCUUUGAAGUCAAACUUGGUCAGAGGCAGCUCUGAGUCCCUGCCUUGCCAGAUAGUUUUGUCUUCCUUUGAAAUAUCUCCACGAGGCCGGGGAGAGAAUCCACUGAAUCAUCGUGCCUCUGCUCUCAGAGGUGACCCCUGGCCCCCUGGGGGUGGCCCAUAUUGAAAAAAAUAAAAAUCUUUCAGGGGCCAGUACAUGGUACGGAGGUUAUGGCUCAUUCCUUGCAGCACAGCAGCCGUCAAUCUUCUUCAUAAAUUUGGACACCCAGUAAACAGUAGCCCAUGGCGCUACAGACAGCUUGUUAAGAGUUAACCUUAAAUACACACCACCAUUUGCUCCCAAAAUGUCAUGAUAAUGGGAAGAGCUGUGAAAUCUGUUUCCAGUCUGCAUAUUUUUGGGGGUACCUUCUGAGCAGUAUUGGGGGUCUCCAGGGCUCAAGCUGGCAGUGCUCAGGAGGCCACAUGGUGCCGGGGAUUGAACCUAGGGUUCUUACAUGCAGAGUGCUUCAGCUCUUUGAACUCUCUCCCCAGUCCUCUGGAUGAUUUCAUUUUAUUUUUUUCCAGAGUUUUUUCCAUACACUAUUAUUUUAAAAGGCUAACAUCUUUUUGGGUUAGCAUUUAACUUGCCAACAAAUUUCCUUUUGGCUUUUUAAAUUACAGUUGUGUUUUUUGUCCUGUCAGUUUUGUUCCCAGUGUUAUGUCGAGUAAUAAUUAGCAUAUAAUUGUCUACAGAAGCAAGAGCUGUUUGGGAAGAACAAAAUUGUUUUCUGUUCUUAAUGGUAAAGCCUUGGUAAGUGCAGAUGUGUAGAGAAACGUUCAGCUAGUCCCCACAGUCACGCUUUCCACUGGGCUGAGGAACGCCCCACCAAACAUGACCAUUCCCUGGACAAAAAUAUGUAUUUCUCUCUGAGGGUCUGGUGUUUAAAAGGCCACUGAGGACCUUGUAAAGUGACUUUGGUCAUGAUAGGGUUCGCUCAUUUUUCCUUCCUGCAGUGGUGUACAGAGAUGCUGCUGCCUUUGUACAUGUUGGAGCAAUAUGAUGUUCCUAAUUUUUUGAUGUGACAUGUAUGCCAAACACACACGAGUGCAUUUUUAUUGGUGUGUGGGUCGUGUUUAGAGUACUCAGUUCAGAGUACUGUAGGCAUAGCCACGGAUCAGGCUCCUGACCAAUAUGACAGACCAUUCCUUUCAGGAGUAAAUCUGAGGGGCUGGAGAGACAGUAGGGGUCAGGACUCUUGCCCUGUACACAGCCAGGCCCAGUUCAAUCCCCGGCACCCCAUGUGGCCCCCUGAGCACAUAGCCAGAAAUAGCCCCUUAGCACCACCUGGGUUAGCUCAAAAACCCACCCACCGAAAAGGGCAGUAAAGAUGGCUCCAUGGAAAAAGAGGCUGUGGAAUUGUAGCAAAGAACAGAGGGUGAUCGAGCGUAGCCAGUUUUUCUGAAGUAAGCCUCCGUUCUGAAUUAGUAUGUAGCGCUGAUGAUCCCCACGUACUGUAGGAGGUAGGGGAUAAGCCAGAGGGGAUCAUUUUCUGUACAUCAUCUACUAACUUUUUAAAUAAUACAAAACCUGGAAGCUGUUACACACACUUAGAAGGACACGAUACUCAGACUGGGGAAGAAAUGGACCUAAGUUUAAUUGUAAACAUUUGCUUGCAUGGCAGUAAACUUUCUGGGUGGAUGGUGGUUUUUUGUUGGCUUGUUUGGGGUCCCACCUUCGGGGGCUCGGGGGUACGGAGCCAGGCCUCCAGCUUGUUUGAACUGUUUCUCCUGUGCCGUCUCUCGGGCCCUCUUGCUGGUGUUGAAAGAAAGUCCUUAAUCUUUCCAUUCAGUCCAUUUGAAGAAAAUUCUCUGUAAAUUUUUUCAGUUAUUUAUUUACAGAAAUUUGAUUACAGAAUGUUCCUUGUUGAAUGCGGAUCGUCUGUGUGUUCAUUGUCUGUAUUUAAAAGAAAAAAACAAGCAGCGUUUGGGAGCCCAGUCUCUGUCGUCGUCUUAUUUCAGAUACAAGUAACUGGAAAAUUUUAAUUGAUAAUGUCUCGGUUGUGUUUUUCACCUGGUAUUUUUCUUCUUGUAAAUUCAGUUAUAUUCUUACUAAAAAAUUCUAAAACUGGCACCUUACAUUUGUGGGAAACAAGUCUUGUACAAGAAAACAAGAAAAAAAGCUGCUCUUAAUAAUAGUUAAUGUUAGAAUACAUGGAAAAAUAAUCGUUUUCUCCCAAACAAUAUUUAAUUGUUAUUUUAAUGUUUGUAAAUAUUUAAUGUAUAAUUAUGAUCUGAAUUGUAAAAGCUUUGUUCUGCCUAAGUCUUUAAGCCAAUAUAAGUACUACACACCCACUAAAUUGGAACUUCCCAAUUAACAUACGACAUAUAUACAUGGAGUUAUCCAGUUAACAUGCAACAUGUAUAUACUGUAUUUUGGCUUUUGUCUGUGAAAAUUUAUACAUCCAGAAGUUUCCUGGCCCUCUUAAAAAUUAUUUUUGUCAUACUGUAAUUUCUGUUGCAGAUUGUUGGUAGUCCAAAAAUGUUAUUAAAUCCAUAUACUGAAAUAUUUUUAUUAUUGAUAAGAAAUGCAGGAUUGUUCUUUUUCCAUAAUCUGUGGAUUGUAUUUAUUUUAAGGCCUGUUUAUAAUUAAAUGUUUUCUGCCAAAGGAAUUGUCUAACAUCAGAUUUCUACAUUGGGUUCAUACUUACUGUUUUAUAUAAUAAAAAAAAAAUGAAAACUGCUUUUUCA